GCAGCAGCAGCUCCGGUGCCGCACUCACUCAGCCCUCUCCGCACACGAACUGACGUGUUUUGCGCAUUUCCUGGAGCAGCCUUCAGACACACACAGUCGGGAGAAAAAGAGGCAGGUCUGCAGGAAACUGAGUACCGACGGACAAACAAGGAUCCUGGAGGAAUCAAGUGAGUACGGAACCCUUGUAAACACUGGUUCUCCUGUCUGGGGCGAACCGAAAGACGCUUUUGCGGGGAUAACUUUCCUCCCAAUGCGCGGAGGAGCCUCAUCCAGUGCUCCAGCCAGGCGAGGGAACGGGCUGCUCACCCGGGGGAGAUCCAGCAUACAUCUCUGGGAUAUUUUGAGUUGUGGAAUGCUGCUAGAAUCGCUGCUGAUACACUGUAGCUGUCCGGUUUCGCUCCAGCUUGCAUUGGUGACUGCCUACAGCGGUGUUUGGACAGCUUCAAUUUCACAUGCAGGUUGUCCGUAGGUCAUAGCAACAGAUUCCCUUUCUGUCUGGACCUUUUACACUUCGCAUGCAGAUCCACGGGGACGACGAAGGGCAUUUACUGUUAUUUCCUAAGGAGGAACAAUCCCGAAUACAAACCGGUGCACCGUGACGUAGCAUACACCAGUUGGAUAAUUAACUAGGCGCUUAAGUGGAAAAUUGUUACUAAAGCGCUCAAAAGUGGCCAUGGUGGUUUUUAACGGGCUGCUGAAGAUCAAGGUCUGCGAGGCUUUGGACCUGAAGCCCACAGCCUGGUCUCUGAGACACGCCGUCGGCCCCAAGACGCAAACCUUCUUGCUGGACACGUACAUCGCUCUCAACGUAGAUGAUUUUCGCGUGGGGCAGACCUCGACCAAGCAGAAGACCAACAGUCCCGCCUGGCAAGAUGAGUUUGUGACCGAGGUGCACGACGGCCGCAGGAUCGAGCUGUCGGUGUUUCACGACGCGCCGAUUGGCUACGACGACUUUGUAGCCAACUGCACCAUUCAGUUCGAGGAACUGCUGCAAAACGGCAGCAAACACUUCGAGGACUGGAUAGACUUGGAGCCAGAGGGAAAGGUUUAUGUCAUUAUCAACUUGUCUGGAUCAUCCAGUGAAGCAGGUAGCUGUGAGAAUGAGAAGCGUGUAUUUCGAGAACGCAUGCGUCCCAGGAAGAGACAGGGAGCUGUCCGGAGGAGGGUGCAUCAAGUCAACGGACACAAGUUCAUGGCCACCUACCUGAGACAGCCCACCUACUGCUCGCACUGCCGUGAUUUCAUCUGGGGUGUAUUAGGAAAGCAAGGGUAUCAGUGCCAAGUGUGCACCUGUGUAGUUCAUAAACGCUGCCACGAGCUGAUCAUCACCAAAUGUGCAGGUCUGAAGAAACAGGAGGACAGCACAGAGGAGGUGGGAUCUCAGCGCUUCAGCGUCAAUAUGCCUCAUAAGUUCAGGAUUCACAACUACAAAGUCCUGACCUUCUGUGACCACUGCGGUUCAUUACUGUGGGGCCUGCUGCGGCAAGGGCUCCAGUGCAAAGUUUGUAAGAUGAAUGUGCACAAGCGUUGUGAGAGUAAUGUUGCUCCUAACUGUGGGGUGGACGCCCGGGGCAUCGCUAAGGUGCUGUCUGACCUCGGAGUCACUCCAGAUAAACUCUCCGGCAGCGUCCAGAGGAGAAAAAAGAUCUCUCAGGGUCCAGAUCCGCAGCCUUUACCCAUGUCCCCACAGUCAGAAGAGGAUCGAUCCAAAUCUGCCCCCACAUCACCAUGUGACCAGGAUAUAAAGGACCUUGAGAACAUCAGAAAGGCUCUUUCAUUUGACCAUCGUGGUGAGGAGCUGAAGCCAGCCUCGUCCUCCUCUCUGACCGAGCGCCUGUCAGAGGAGACCAGAGAGAACGGAGAGGCGAAGACUAAAACGAUAACGCUGGAAGACUUCUCCUUCAUCAAAGUGCUUGGCAAAGGCAGCUUCGGCAAGGUGAUGCUGGCAGAGUUAAGAGGCACUGAUGAGGUUUAUGCAGUGAAAGUGUUGAAGAAAGACGUGAUCCUGCAGGACGAUGACGUGGACUGCACUAUGACUGAAAAACGCAUUCUAGGGCUGGCCAGAAAACACCCUUAUCUGACCCAACUCUAUUGCUGCUUUCAGACCAAGGACCGUUUGUUCUUCGUCAUGGACUACGUGAACGGCGGAGACCUGAUGUUCCAGAUCCAGCGUUCACGCAAAUUCGAUGAAGCUCGUUCCCGGUUUUACGCUGCCGAGGUGACUUCAGCCCUCAUGUUCCUGCACCAACAUGGGGUCAUUUACAGGGAUUUGAAGCUAGACAACAUUCUGCUGGACGCAGAGGGUCACUGUAAGCUGGCAGACUUUGGCAUGUGUAAGGAGGGAAUCCUGGAUGGCAUCACAACCACAACAUUCUGUGGCACACCAGAUUACAUUGCCCCAGAGAUCCUGCAGGAGCUGGAGUACGGCCCGUCAGUGGACUGGUGGGCUCUAGGUGUGCUGAUGUAUGAGAUGAUGGCUGGCCAGCCUCCUUUUGAAGCUGAUAAUGAGGAUGACCUUUUUGAGUCUAUUCUCCAUGAUGACGUCCUUUAUCCUGUGUGGCUCAGCAAAGAGGCCGUCAGCAUUCUUAAAGCGUUCAUGACAAAGACCCCCAGUAAGCGGUUGGGUUGUGUAGUGUCCCAAAGAGAAGAAGAAGCUAUUAAAGUGCAUCCGUUCUUCAAAGAUAUUGAUUGGGUACUUCUGGAACAGAGGAAGAUCAAGCCGCCUUUCAAACCACGUAUUAAAACCAAAAGGGACGUCAACAAUUUUGACCAGGACUUCACCCGCGAGGAGCCGGUGCUCACCCCUGUGGAAGACGCCAUUAUCAAGCAGAUCAACCAGGACGAGUUCAAGGGCUUCUCUUACUUCAGAGAAGAGACCUUGUCCUAAUACUAAAACCUCCAUUUCCUGCGCUGUGCACAGCUGUGAAUGCCCACGAGCAUCAUUUACCAAGAAUUUGAUGCUUUAAUUUAAAAGUAGAGAGUUAGGCAUUAUAAUCUUUCCUGCUGAACCCCAAAAACCAUACGUGUGUGCACAGAUACUCACACAAUUUCACCAAAUGAAACUGAGUCAUCUUUAUUUAAUGUAUAUAAAACUCUUAAGGGACCUCAUGUGAUAUCACUUUAGCAGCUAGAUAGAGUUCGUUAGAAGUCCAUUUCAUGUUUAAUGUCUCCUCCCAUCAUGCAGUGAAUCAGGGUAAUGGUACACCUGGAGUCAAUCCAUUUACACUAACACCCUUUUGAAAUUAAAAAAAAACAAAUGCAAAGAACAAGUUUUGCAGAUGUGAUGCUUAUGAACGUGUGAAUUGGGAGUUUUAAGAACUCAGCAUUGGGAUCUGAUCACAUGAUGGUCCUAUAGCCAGAGGACUCAAAACUGCCUUUCAUGAGAACAUCGCGCCAUUUCCAUAAAAAAAAAAACAAAAAAAACAAUAGUGUGACAUAUGCAAGUCACCAAAACAAGUGUGUGUGUGUGUGUGUGUGCAUGUAUAUGCUGGAGGUUAAGGUUACAAAAGUACCCUCUUUUUAUUGUUACAUUGUGUGUGUGUGUCAUUUUUCUCAUUAUAUCACUGGAUUGUUUUGUUGCUAGGAUGUGGAAAUUGUUGGUUUCUCUAGAAUGCAACAAGACCUUUCAUUAUGAAUGGUUCAGGACAGUAGCCAAUCCUGUCUCUACAGGAAGUGCAAGUCCUGAUUACCCUGAUCAUUAGCCUGUGAACUCUGAAAAUAGACUAAUCAUCUACUGCAUGGUUAUGCCUAUGAUAUCCUUGUGUAUUAUUAGACAAUGAGAAACUGUUAUGUGCAAUAUUCGGAGUGUGUGUGUGUGUGUGUGUGUGUGUGUGUUAGUUUAGCAAUUUUUUCCCUCUCCAUCUCACCUUUAAUGUCUCUGAUUUCCAUCGUUUUUUGCAGACUGUCCAUUUUGGUUGGUAAUCGUAAGGUUGUCAGGUCAUGUGAUAUCCAGCACAGGUCCUUUAUUUCAGCUGCUACAGCCCCUGUAUUUCAUAUACUUUAGUUAGACAAGAGACAGAAUAUUAAGCUUCUGUUGCAAAAAAGUAAAAUACAUAGAAAUGAUCUUCCAUUCUAAAUAUAGCACAAGUACCCUAGAAUUUCUCCUAAUAUGAAACAGUGUAACAGUGAUGGAAGCAAGACUAGUUUUAUUUGUCAAACAUUUUAUUUGACAGUUCAUUUCAUUAUGAACAUAAGAAAUAAUAAACACAUUUGUAAUAAAUUCAUUAAACAUUUCAUUGCAAGUUUUUUUAUUCAUUUUUUUUUUUUUUAGACUCUUGCCAACACUGGGUUUAAACGUCAACAUGAAAUUGUUGCCAGAUUUAUCUGUAAUAAAAAAACAUUUUAAACAACUUUAUCUUUCUGCUUAUAUCCCCCUUUGCAUCCAAACACCUUUAUUUUGCUGUGAACACUCACUUUUCACUGUCCAAUCAAUUCCUGUUGCAAAAUAUUGAUUUUCCGUCCCAUGUUUUCUCUACAUAUCAGAUCCCAAAGUGAAAAGUGAGUUGUGAACAGCGUCUCAUGCUGACAUUGAGACCAUGACUCAUUUCAUGCACAUUUUACAGAUCUGUUGCUUCAUGAUUUAUUUUGAGUUCGAUGUUUUUUUUUUUGCAUAGCUUACCUUUCAUUUGUUUGGUCAUUUUUCUCAAAGCUUGUCUUGUCUGGCCUUAUUUGUGACAUUCUGAACUGGCAUAUGUUGGCUUGG